AUGACACCGAUUGAUCCUGUUCUUUACGUAUGGCACGACUGCUUGGAUGAGAAGAAUCCAUGCCUUCGCAAGAUGAAAUUUGUAAUUCCGAAAAAGUUCAUUCACAAUGGCAAUCCGAAGCCGGAACAGUGGGUCGAUCUUGGAACAUUGAACCUCGAAGGCUCAUUCGAUAGCGAAGGACGUGAAUGCCUCCAUUAA